CUCGUCUGGACUGCUCUCUAAAAGACCUUUUUUUGUCUCUCGUCUCUCGUUGAUUCUACAACAAUGUCUUCGUCUACCCAGAAUAACAGCGCCUUGGAUGUCCAGCCCAAGGACGCGAAGCGUGCACUUGCGGAGGACGCAUAUGAUGACUGCCUAUCGUGCAGAGUUACUGGAUCCGCCGCGUUCAUCGGCCUCGGUGUGUACAGUUACUACUCGGGAUUGAAGAACCUCAAGAUGAAUGAAAAGGCAAUUAUGCAAGGAACAACCAAGUAUAAGAUGGGAUCUCGACAUCUCGGGCUCUUCACCAUCUCUGCGACACUAGUUGGGAUGGGAAUUUAUAGAGCGUUCAACUGAUGAAGCCACGACGAUUUGUAUAUCAUGUACUCUAUACCAUAUAUUCUACUCUGGCGUUGAUUCUUCUGGUAACGGGAAUGCACAUCAAGUCAAGCGCUUCACCAUUAAUAAACAUGUACAAAACAGUGUAUAGAAAGGAUCGUACGAUUAGUAUAACACUAGCCGC